AUGUUCGUGUCUCCCUACUCGGCCCAGACCGACCCUGAAGUGCAGGAAUACAACCAGCGCCGCGCCGAAUAUCUGGCCGCCAAGAAGAAGCAGAAACAGGACGAAAGGCUGCUGAGGAAGGCGUCCAUUGCGAGUACCUCUGGGCAGAAAUCCUCCUCCGCAGGACACGAGAAAGGGGGUCGAGGGUUGCUGAAGAAACUCUUCCACGCUGUUCGGGCGACUGGCGAUAAGGAUGGUAUGUCGCAGUUGACCGUGGACGACAAUGCUGAUGCCGAUGCCGAUGCCGAUGCAAAGACGCUGGUGGACGAGACGGGGAGGGACUUGGACCAGGUCUCUGUGAGGACUGCAGUGGCAUGA